CUCCCCUUCCCCGGCCUUCCCUGCAGCCUCCGCGGCUCGGCGGAAGCGGCUUUGCCCCGAGUCAGGUGUCCUCCUCCUCCUCCUCCUCCGUCGUCGUCGUCGUCGUCGGCCAAACCGAACCCGCGGCCCGCUGGAGAGGAUGCGCGGAAGGCGGAGACUGGCAGGCAGGCAGGGGCGGGCGAAGAUGGCGGAGGCCGAAGUGAUCAAGGUGGCAUCUGUGGUGUGUGUCCUGUGAACUUUAAUUCUCACCGCAGCCCUGAGAGGUAGCAGAACAGCAAAGAAUCCUGUGGCACCUUAAAGGCGAACAGAUUUGACUCUUCUUCUGAUUUCAUGGCUGGAGUCCCCAUUUGGAUUGAUGAAGAUUUGGAGUAUGUCCUGAGAAGAAAAAUAGGAUUCCUUCAGCCUUGAUAUUCCUCCUUCUUAGGCUCCAAACACUCGUGUUGAAUGCUGCUGGAAAUAAGUGAGGCCAUGGCAGAUAAUGAUGCACAACCAUCCAUACCAAGAAAAUGCGGCCCAUACAUUUCUUCCGUCACCAGCCACAGCCUGAACUUGGUGAUCCGUGGAGUAGUCCUGUUUUUAAUUGGCGUCUUUCUUGCAUUAGUAUUAAACUUGCUGCAGAUUCAGAGAAACGUCACCUUGUUUCCACCUGAUGUGAUUACCAGUAUAUUCUCUUCAGCUUGGUGGGUACCGCUUGGUUGUGGAACAGCAUCAGCUGUGAUUGGGUUAUUGUACCCUUGCAUGGAUAGACAUCUGGGAGAACCACAUAAAUUUAAGAGGGAAUGGUCCAGUGUGAUGCGAUGCGUAGCAGUCUUUGUUGGCAUAAAUCAUGCCAGUGCUAAAGUUGAUUUUGCGAACAACAUCCAGUUGUCCCUCACACUUGCUGCACUUUCAAUUGGACUGUGGUGGACAUUCGAUAGAUCUCGAAGUGGCUUUGGCUUGGGAAUAGGAAUUGCAUUUCUAGCCACCCUGGUGACUCAGCUUCUGGUCUACAAUGGAGUUUAUCAGUACACCUCUCCUGAUUUUCUGUAUGUGCGUUCGUGGUUACCCUGUAUAUUUUUUGCUGGUGGAAUAACAAUGGGAAACAUUGGCAGGCAGUUGGCUAUGUAUGAAUGCAAAGUUAUUUCAGAAAAGUCUCAUCAGGACUGAGAAGAACAAAACAUACUUUUAUUGAAGGACGAUGCAUGACAGACUGGGAUGAGUACACGCAAAGAAGUACUUGACUAUAAAGUUGCCAUAUAGCACCUUCCCUCUGUUUCUUCUUCUGCUCACACCCUGUACCCCCAGCUUGUUCUAUUUGCAAAAAUCACUCAUUAUUGCAAUCUGUGAUUGCUUUAUCUGUAGGUCACUUGAGAUCCUCGCAUCUUGGGAUGUGAUCAGUAUGAAAUUGUGCUUAUAUGUGACAUGCUGGACAAGACAUUGGUGUAUAGAACAGAGCCUUUACUUUCUGAACAUAGGCUUGCUGUAUGCCAUCCUGUUCUUUGCAUAAAUGUUCCUGUGCCAAACCAAAUUUUAUUUCAUUUCAAUGUUUUGUCUCUAUUUUCAGGCUGUGUUCCUUUUGACUUACUUCUGGGCAGCCUGAGAUAAGUUACGUUCCAAGAGUUUCACUUUUUAUUAUUCUUCAUGUCAAAGUAGUGUAAAGAGAUCUGAGAAAUCACAGAAGUUAAAUCAAAAACAUAAGCCAGAUGCUGUGACUGGUCAGAUUCAUAAGCCUGUUACACAUGAGCUGUGUUAUAGUCAACUUUGAACUGGCUAUUCUGUGUUGUGGGUUGAUUGCACCUGAGAUAUGAAAAAUCACCCUGCACUGUCUGCAGUACAGAUGACUAAGAUUACCACUGUGGUCACAGUGUGUGUGCCUGUAGUAUGUUAGGAAGGGCAUCCCUCUCUGAUUAGGCACACUGUGUUACAGAACUCUUCACCGAACACCAGCGGCAACAGAGCUCUGUGGAGAGAGGUGGGCUGAGUGAAGGGGCUGUACUGCCAUUAGCUUAGCUAAAAAUAGUUCCUUUGUGGAUGAUGCACCUUUAUUUUGGAAAUAGGAAAAUCCAAACAGCGUUACAUUUAGUGAAAUAACCUUCUGUGUCAUGCAACUUUCACCACCUCAGUCCAUAACCAUAAGCUUGCAAACUUGCAUGCAGUCUUACUAAGAAGAUGAACUCUUCUUUUGUGAAAUUCUUCUAUAGAGGCUCUAUUGAAAUACUGUAUAUGAAUGGGAGUGUUCUUGUAGACUUGCCAUACAUUAGUGAUUCCAAAUGGCCACAACUGUUGGGAGACCAAAUUACGGUACAGCGUCAAUACUCUGGAGCUGACUCUUGAGGAUGUAUGCAUGGGUGGGGGUAAGGAAGUACAGGAGUUGUUAAUAUUAACAGGAACAAAGCUGAAUCUGUACUAAAAUGGCCACCUUCAUUAUUUCUGUCAAUAAGUUCAUUUAGUCUAAAUGGGCUGCUGCUUUUUUUUUUUAAAUUCCCCUCUGAAACCUUUUUUUAAAGUCUACAGUCAGUCAGAGAGAGACUGAAAUUGGUCCAAAUAGCCAAUAUGUUUAGGUAAACUGCUUUGUUUUUCUUUAUUAAUAUGUAACGUAAACAAAAAAUGUGGAACAGGCACGUUAAGCAGUGGUUUCAAUGAUUGCUUGGUUCUGGAGGAAAAAUAUGCAAUGGGUGCUUUGAACAAAAAUGCUCUUCAGAGGAAUAUGUGCAAUCUAUAACACAUCUGAAAAUAAAAAUAGUAACAUGUAAAAUAUCAGUAGCUCCAAGUUCCCACUAGCUGUAGCAACUGCACUGUAGCCUGAUUGUAAUCCAAGACUUAUUAAAAAGCACAUAAGUGUUAGUACAACAAUUUAUAUGCCUAUUUCCAUAAAGUACAGCAUAAAUUAACAGGAUCCAGUUUUAAAAACAUCUUCUUUAUUGGGAUGAAUAUAACUUGGAAUUACAGAGAUACUUUAAGUUUAAGCCAAUGGAGAAUUGCAUAUUCUGAUUUGAUGCAACAUAACUAUGUGAUUCUCCUGAGUCAUAUUCAUGAUGCAAGCCAGCUGUUUCAAGUGUUUGUCUAACUUUAUUAAAAUUGUGACAUGAGAAUAUAUUGAAGGCUUUGAUCUGGCAGUUUACAAAAGAAUAUAGUUAUCAAAUUGAUAUAUCUCUCCUGACAGCAGAAAAAUAUAAUGUGUGUGGCUUCCAAGGGAGCUGCAUCAGAAAUCUCUACCUGAAACUUUUCUGAUUACUACUUCUGUGCUUCAAGGUGAGACCUGGAGUGAAUAAUCAAAGAACAGGGGUGUUUGGUUACAAAGAGGAACAUCUUCUGCUUAGUUAGAAGUCUAGGGAGGUUCUUCCACUACUAACCUGCCUUGGAGUGGAGCAGGACUCCAGUUUAACCACAGAAUCUACUGAAUAUAGCUGGCAUCAAAUGUGGAUGGGACUAUGAAGGAUGAUGGUGGAACACCUCGGGCCACGCACAGUGGAGCUUUUGUUAGCUACAUUGAAUGCCCACCCAUGGUUGUGUCAAGUGAAUGUUACACAUAACUGUAGCUCGCAGUGGACUUCAUAAACUUUGGAACAUUUUGAAGCUCAUUGUCACUUAUCACAAGAUCUUUACAGCCAGCUCUAAAGAACAGAUUCAUUCAACUUGCUGAAGAACUCCCAAGGCAGUAUAAAUGUGUUGCUAAAUCUUAAAUGCAUGAAGACAUAGCUCCAACCUUUUUCUAUUAAUUUGAAGAUUGAGAUCAGCACCGUUGUAUGUUGAGCCAUUCACCAGGCAUCAUUGGGAGUCAUGUUUUGCUGUGCAUCAGGGACAACAUGUGGUCAUUUUGAAAAUGCCAUGUGAAAUAUUCUGACUGACAUUUCCUGUUUCUAAGCCAGUGAUCGAACACCUGCUCAUUAUCCCAAAGUCAUUCUGGUGCACUAUUGUUUUCUGUUAAGUUCUUAUUUAACAAAACUUUGGUUGAUGUUAUGUAUUUAUCAGCCAGUACUGGAGUCUUGAGGAGAGGUUUGUAAAAUGAGAAUGCCUUAAUUACAGUGGUGGCAAGAGGCAGCUACUGUAUAAUGUGUAAUUAUAAUAUUAGACUGUCUUCAAAAUGUUCUAUAGAGGAUGAAUAAGGUAUAUUUUAGAUACAACUUUAUAAGCACUAUAAACUCUUCACUAGUUGUGAAUUGUAAAAGUUGAUGAUGUUUACUUCUUCAAAUGGCCCUUAAAAGCAAAAUAUGUAUUAAAUAUAAUUACAACCUU